AUGUCGGCGAAGGACUGUGGCAACCAUGGGCACUGCCAGCGGCGCAAGCUGUACCGACGCCUCUUCGCUACCGUCCUCACCUUCAUCAUCGUUGUCCUCAUCGUCAUCCUCGGCGUCUGGCUUGUCCUCCGCCCCUCCAAGCCCAAGUUCUACCUCAAGGACACCUCCAUCUUCCAGCUCAACCUCACCGCAGGCUCCAACCUCCUCACCACCGUCAUGCAGGUCACGCUCGACUCCCGCAACCUCAACGACCGCGUCGGCAUAUACUACGACAAGCUCGACGCCUUUGCAGCCUACAAGGGACAGCGGAUCACCGCCUCCACGGCGCUCCCCACCGGCUACCAGGGCCACGACGAUGUUGUCGUGUGGUCGCCCUAUCUGUACGGCGCCGCCGUCGCCGUGGCGCCGUACCUCGCCGUCUCCCUCAUCCAAGACCGCGAGGCGGGGCUCCUUCUGGUCUAUAUCAAGGCGGAGGGGCGUCUCCGGUGGAAGGUCGGGACAUGGGUCUCCGGUCACUACCACCUGCAGGCUAACUGCCCGGCUUUCCUUGCGAUCGACAACGGGAAAGGCAGCGGCAGCGCCCCGUCGUUCCACUUGCAGCAGAUUUCGUCAUGUAGCGUUGACGUCUGAGGCUUGAGGGUGACGAUGAUUAUAGUCAACUAUGGAGUCAUCGUCUCCACGCGCCGUAGCUCUUCCUGCAAACUAUUUGAGGUGUAUCUUCACCUGGUUUAUUGCAAGCUUGUGUUACACUACGAUGGUAGUAAUCGUCAAGGCAUGUUUCCGAUGCUGAUAUAUAUGAUGUUACUAAGAAUUAAAUAUUACUUUCCUGCUUGAUUU